CCGACACAGGCAGGAAAACUAAGUUUGGAAAGAAUUGAAGGAAGUCUAGUGGCCGUUUAGACAAACAGCUCACACACUGGGAUCAGUUCUGGCUGAACACGCAGCAGCAGUGCUGUAUAUGGCUGAGACAGACAAAGGGCUUCAGAGGGACACAGGAGCAUUUGAAGAAAGACUUGGGAAAUAUUCGCUCGAGCGCUGACUGGAUAGCUAUGCUAGUCCUUGUGGAUCCAGCUAGUCUUGCGUUUGGAUGUGGGUUUAAACAGACAGCUUGGAUCUAGACGUGAACAUGUUUAGAAGGUGGAUUCGUGUGGUCAACCGAUAGAUCUCAACAAAUUGGAGGUCACAAAUCAGACAAUCCUGACUAGUCCAGAACAGUGGCGAAGAAGUGCUGACCUCUGUCCUACUUUCAGCUUGGUACUAUGGGCUCAUCCACAUUGGGAAAGGCAGCAUCUCUUAAUGCUCUUUUAAAUGAAUGCAUUCAAACAUUUGAUGACAAUGGGGAGCUGCAGGGCAACCUGCUUCCUCGAACCCUACUGCUGAUGCAUCGUUGGUAUGUGACAUCCUCAGAGCUGGCAGGGAAACUACUGAUGAUGUACCAGGACUGCAGUGACGACAGCUGCCAGGACACCAGACUGAAGAUUUGUUAUUUAAUGAGGUACUGGAUCGUGACAUUCCCUGCAGAGUUCAACCUGGACUUGGGUCUGAUCAGGAUAACAGAGGAGUUUAGGGAUGUGGCUGCUCAGCUCGGCUGUGAGGAUCAUUUCAAACUCAUAGACAUCUCCACCAUUCCAUCAUACGAUUGGAUGCGUAAGCUGACCCAGCGGAAGAAGCAGGCCAAGAAAGGCAAGGCCUCACUACUGUUUGACCACCUGGAGCCAAUGGAGCUGGCUGAACAUCUCACCUUCCUAGAGUUCAAGUCUAUCCGGAGGAUAUCGUUCACUGAUUACCAGAGCUAUGUGACUCACGGCUGCCUCGUAGACAACCCAACUCUGGAGCGCUCCAUUGGCCUGUUUAACGGCGUGUCUCAGUGGGUCCAGCUCAUGGUGCUCAGCAAGCUAACACCUCAGACCCGUGCAGAAGUCAUCACCAAAUACAUCCAUGUGGCUCAGAAACUUCUGCAGCUGCAGAACUUCAACACUCUGAUGGCGGUGGUGGGGGGACUGAGCCACAGCUCCAUAUCUCGACUUAAGGAGACUCACUCUUAUCUGGCUCCAGAGGUUGUGAAGAUCUGGAGUGAGAUGACAGAGUUGGUAUCUUCCAGCAACAACUACUCCUGCUAUCGCAAGGCCUUCAUUGAGAGUCAGGGCUUUAAAAUCCCCAUCUUGGGUGUGCACCUCAAAGACCUCAUUGCGGUGCAUGUUGUCUUUCCUGACUGGGUUGAUGACACUAAUAAAGUGAACCUGGUGAAGAUGAAUCAGCUCUACAUGACCUUCAAUGAGCUGGUGUCAUUGCAAAGUGCAGCAGCUCAAGUGGAGCCCAACAUGGACCUCAUCUACCUGCUAACGCUUUCUCUCGACCUUUAUUACACAGAAGAUGAGAUUUAUGAGCUGUCAUUGCUCAGGGAACCACGUAACCCUAAAUCAUUGCUGUCUUCUCCAACGACUCCCAAUAAGCCCCUGGCCCCACUUGACUGGGCCUCAGGUAUCACCACCAAACCAGACCCCUCUCUAGUCAAUAAACACAUCAGGAAGGUGGUGGAUUCUGUCUUCAGGAAUUAUGACCAUGACCAUGAUGGAUAUAUUUCUCAAGAGGACUUUGAGAGCAUCGCUGCCAAUUUUCCCUUCCUGGACUCCUUCUGCGUUUUGGACAAAGAUCAAGAUGGACUGAUCAGUAAGGAUGAAAUGAUAGCCUAUUUUCUUCGGGCUAACCCACUGCUCCAGUGUAAGAUGGGACCAGGAUUCAUCCACAACUUCCAGGAGAUGACAUACCUGAAGCCCACUUUCUGUGAACAUUGUGCUGGAUUUCUCUGGGGAAUCAUCAAACAGGGCUACAAAUGCAAAGACUGUGGUGUUAACUGUCAUAAACAGUGUCGGGAGCUGCUGGUUCUGGCCUGUAGGAAGCUGAUCCGCUCCGGCUCUGUGGGCAGUUUCCCUUCCAGACUGACCCACAGCUCACUGCCCAGCAGCCCUGCACUGCCCACCUGUACAGAUGAGGAUGAGGUGUUUGAGUUUCCAGCUGUCACAUCAGCAGGUGCAGCUCUGGACACUCAGUCCAUCACCCUGAUGACCGGUUCAGCCCAGAGAAUAUCUGUGCGCCUGCAGAGGGCCACCACCAGCCAGGCCACCCAGACCGAGCCCCUGUGGCCUGAUCACAACUGGGGGGCCACAGAUGGCGGCUCCCAUACCUUCCCUAAAAUGAAAUACAGGACUCACAGGAAAACAUCUAAAAAUAAAGGUUUUGCCUGCUGGGAAAACCAAAAUGGUGGGCAGCACCAGGCGGAUUCCCCACGGUGCAGUCUGGAGUCUCAGGAGAAGUUGGACAGCUUAGGGGAGCUUGUAAAGAACGGGUUUACACUCAGAGGGAAGGACAGCUGACUUGGUGAGGGCAAAUCCCGAAGGUCCAGAAAGCCCCUGGCAGCAGGAACCAGGAAGCUCCUCUCUGUGGGGGAGGUGCUGGGCUGCCUGAGGUCCCCCUUCAGUGACGUGAAGUUCUCAUGGCCUCUCUAGACUUCAGCAUAGACCGAGCUAGAGGAGGAGACUGUGUAGCUGCGAUCAGGGAGGGUAGCUCAGUGGAUAACUGACCAACACCCACUUUGAAUUAAGUGGAAUGCUAAGAUGUAACUUAGUUGUGGGUAUUGGUCCAGAAUGUACAUAUAAUCUGCACUGGAAAACGUGAGAAGAAGAAUAAGAAGAAGCAUAUUUUAUUCCUUACAGGGGUGCAGAUCUGGUUCAGUUUAGUGGCUCAUAACAGCUAGGUUUAAACCCCAGCUUGGGUUCACUAUGAUAAAGUCAAAUCCUGCUUGAUCUGAGGAUAGCAAAAAGAAAGUUCUUAGUGGUCACUUUCCAAGUUGGACUGAUGAGAGAAAGUACGGUGCAGUCAGACACUGUGUAGAUAUUUGUAUGAGGGGCAGUAAAUAAAGGGAAAGUCAAGUUGAAAGUGAAAGUUAAGGGCAACCAACCAACAAUCAAAUGGGACCCUGGGAAUGGAUGAUUCUGCAAAGCAUAUGUUUUUUUGUUUUUGUUUUUGAACAUAAACUUUAUUUUGACUUAACUCCAAUUGUCACAAUCCAUCUAUUCAUACAUCCAGUCAUCCUUCUUAGGGUCGCAGGGGGACUGGAGCUAUGGGUUCUUUCAAUCCAGCUGAUAUUUGGCGAAAAGACAGCAGUCAAUCACAAGGCCAACAGACACAGACAAGGAACCAUUUACAUUCACAUUCAUACCAGAGUAAUUUACAGAUGCACAGCCAAAGUGUCAACAGGAAACUGCGUCAAUGUGAAAGAUGAUCCGCUGUUAUCACUUGCUAUCAAGAAGCCAACCCAUGGGCCCAGCAAUAUGAAAGUAGAUUGUCACUGAGACUGAUGAUGUGACUUUGUCUUGAAGAAGGAAGAAGCUCCCGCUCACCUCACGAAAACUCAUCAGGACAAUUGUGUGCUGUCCUCUGGUGGACAAUCCUGAAAUACAGUACACCCCUUUGUGUGCUCUGAUGAGUGGCAUGGAAAAUUACAGUACACAAUUGUUUAUUCAUUUAUUAACGACAAGUGUCCCUACUGGUUGUAUGACUCUUCCUGUUUGUCCUUAACAUUGCUGUUGCUGUGUUUCUGUGGUCUAUGGCGUUAACUGCUAUAAUUAUGCAUAAGUUGAAAUACCCUUCACUUCAACUUGAAGAUAUUACAAUCAAGAUUGAUUGUAAUAUAUAUUGAUUGAAUCAUUUAUACAUUUUCAUCUAAGUGAUAGUGUCCAGGGGUGUAGUUUUGGGGUGUAUACUGUAUAUAGUUGUAAGAGACCUGGUAGGUGUAACCUGCUAUCUGGCGACAUACAUGUGAUGGUCUAGAAAAGGUAAAUGUUGUGAGUUAAUCACACUGUAAUGAGGACUGGCCUAGUUCACACACAGAUUUUAAAGACCAAUAAAUAACUCUACCUCCCUAAA